AUGGAUCCUCUUUUGGGAACUCAAGAAACUCGAGCUCAGGGAUGGCUCAUUGAAUGUGGAGACGAAGAGGAUGGUGAGCAUGUUUCUGGGUCGACAUGGAAAUUAAUUGAAGAGGCCUGUGGGGCUGAAGAAUGUGGAAAACUUCCUAGGAGUGCAAGGCUGGCCCAAAUGAGAGAUGUUAGUGAAGAUGAAUUUGAGUCUGAAAAAGAAGAACCAAUCAAUGAGGAUGAGAUUGAAUUUGAGUCUGGCCAAGAGGAUGUUGCCCCAAUUGUUGGGGAUGAUGUGGAGGAGAAUGAUGAGUAG